UUCUUCAACUCAACCACGCCCACAGCCCGCCCCGUUAAAAAACGCCCCGCAGAAUGUCAAUGUUCUUCUUUCGCUUGCAUAAUCUCCAGCGCGCCGAGGAGAACAAACGCAAGAAGCGCGCCGAACAGCAACGUCAACAGCAGCGCCAACGGCGCGGCGCCAAGGUCUUCAAAUGUGUCAGCGAUUCCACUGGCCACCUGACCCUGGCGCCCUCGCGCCUCUUCGAGCGGACGCCAAUGAGUCCAUCCGACAGUCUGGACGAGAUUGCGCUACAGAUACCAAGGAGCAAUCUUAAGCCGGAUUUGCCAAACUUUUAUGGGAGUCGCAGCACAAAGGGCCACUCAGUUCUUGUCUGUUGAACAUUUGAACUGUUCAAAACGGGCCCACGCCCAUUCAUGCG